GUUACUAAUCGGGUCAACGCGGUGGUGGCUCGCGCCUGCUCGCGCGACUGGGGCGGCGCGCCUGCUCUAUGCAGAAGGGCGGCGGCGGCCGGAUCCGUGCGCGGCCGGGGCUGGGGAGGCGGAUCCGGGGGCGGGCGGCGAGGCGUGGGUCGCCGGUGAAGACAAGGCCGGAGCACGGCUUCCCGGGCGGAUCCAUGGCAUCAGCGACUCUGGGAAGAAAGGAAACAUGGAGGUGAGGGAGAAAAGGAAGAAAGGAGGGGCGGUGCAGCGACCUAGGCAGGAGCUCGUCGGAGCGUGGCGACGGCGGACGGGCGCGGGAGAGGGGCGGAUCCGGCGCGACGGCGAGGAGUCCUUAAAUAUUCAGACUCGUCGUAAUUCCUUAUUCAUCCUGCUGGUGUUGUUCGUCCAGAGGAAGGAGAAGAGGAAGGCGGCAACGCCGCCGGCCGGUUGGGUGACAGCAACCAGGCCACGGGUGGUGCAGCCACUCCUGCGAGUAAGAAUGAGGACUUACCACCAGUCAUCGCUUGGCUGUACAGCGACGAUUUUCGCCGAUAAUCCGUCUACUCAUACUCGACCGUUCGCCGGAACUUUGUCUGACCUGAGGUAUAUACUACUUUUUAUCACUUUUGCUUCUUCUCACCGGAUGCAUGCAUGCUUCUCCACACAGCUAGCUGCAGCGAGGACCAACUUGACUUGAUGGGGAUACAGUUACCAAGAAAGAAUCAUACUCCUGUAUGAUCCAAGAUAUUGCACGAACAAGCUUGGGUGGAUACAAUCACCAAGAAAGAAUCAUACUCCUGUAUGACCAACUUGACUUAAUGGGGAGUACCUGAACUUACCUUUAUGCAUUGCACGAACUACCAAGAUAUUAUAUCUUCCUGUAUGAUCCAUAACUCAUAGACAUGGGUAGCGAUGGGAUACUAUUUGGUAUGAACAACAUCAUCAUCUUGUAAUUCUAACAUGUAUUCAUUUAACUUAUUUAUCCGCAUGAUAGCGAUGGAUCUUACGUAUCUGUCUAUUGUAUUUGAAUCUAGAAUGCAAUUAACUCCUUAA